GCUGCCUGCUGGACCAGCAGUGCUGGUGCUUACCACAUAAGACAGUAUUUAAUGACAUACAUACAGAUACAUACACUACAUGUGAGAAAAGUCAACUUGACAAUUCAGUGUAAAGAACUUGUGUUCCUAUAUGAUGACGUUAAUGAUAACGAUUGAUUUUUAUGUCAUGUUUCACGUAUUUUUAUAAACAUGCUGAUGCUCUUGGUGAGAACAAUUUCUACUUCCUUCAGUAUCACUUGAAGUUGUGUAAUUUAAAAGCAUAUGACGUAAUGCAACUCAUCAAAUAUAAUAAUCCUAUAACUUUAAUAUAAAAUGGCAACAUUUUGGUCUGGUAGACCAGGUUGGUUAGGAAAAGUAGGAGUUGUAUUAUUAGCAACGUGGCUAUUAGUACUAAUAAUAUCAGUAUCACAUAUUUUUAAGACUAAUAAUUUAUCAUCUAAUAAUGAGAGUCCUACAAAUAAAGAAAAUGCUCAACGCUUAGCCCAAAUGGUUAAUGACUUUGAAACCCUUAAGAGGCAAAAUGAAGCAUUAAAGAACAUAAUCUUGGGAGAAAAAUCAAAAUCUAUUCAAGGGGACCAUUUAGGUUCAGUGCAAGAGAAGAUUGAGAAGCUCUCAUUAUAUGAUGAUUUUUUGGAUCAUCAUGAUAAUAUUCAGUAUACCCCUUCUACUGAAUAUGAAGAAUUAAGGAAAAGGAUAAGAAACAAUGUUCAAGAAACAUGGUAUUAUAUUAAUGCAGAACUAAACAAAUUUAGAAAAACUAUUGACAAACUCACUUAUGAGCAGAGAGAAAAAAAAAUACAAGACACAGUAAAAAAUGUUUGGGAUCAUAAAAGAUCUCUCCUAAUAGACAUUGAUAAAUUAGCUCAAGUAGAUGGUUUUGAUGAAUGGCGUAAAAAAGAAGCAAGAGAAUUAUCUGAUCUUGUCCAAAGGAGAUUCAAGUAUUUACAAAAUCCUAGUGAUUGCAAUAAGGCAAGGAAAUUGGUCUGCAGCUUAAACAAAGGUUGUGGCUUUGGAUGCCAGCUGCAUCAUAUUACGUACUGCUUCUUAGUUGCUUAUGGAACAGAAAGGACAUUAAUUAUUAGAUCCAAAGGUUGGAGAUACCAUAAGGAUGGCUGGGAAUCUGUUUUUAAACCACUUAGCGAUACAUGUGUAUCUACAAAUGGAGCAUCUCAUGCUAAUUGGCCUGGUGACUCCUCCAAACAAAUCAUCUCUUUACCUAUUGUAGACAAUGUUUAUCCAAAGCCAAGGUUUCAACCUCCAAGUGUACCAGCUGAUUUAGCCCCAAGAUUAGAAAAGUUACAUGGACACCCUUUGGUGUGGUGGGUAGGUCAAGUUUUGAAGUAUUUGAUGCGACCUCAAGAGCACGUUAAGAAAACACUAAAGAACGCCAAAGACAGACUGGGUUUUAAGAAACCUAUCGUUGGAAUUCAUGUACGAAGAACCGAUAAAGUUGGGACGGAAGCUGCGUAUCACGAUAUAGAUGAAUACAUGGUCAAAGUUGAACAGUAUUUCGACAUACUUGAAACGAAACCAGAUGAGAAAAGAGUCUUCAUAGCGAGCGAUGAUCCGAAAGUGAUUACAACGGCAAGAAAUCGAUACCCCAAUUAUGUAAUAAUAGGAGAUCCAGAGAUAGCAGAGACAGCAUCAGUUGCAAAGCGAUAUUCUGAUUCUUCUCUACAAGGAAUAAUAAUUGACAUACAACUCUUGUCUGAAUGUGACUAUCUGGUGUGCACAUUCAGUUCACAAGUGUGUCGCGUAGCGUAUGAGUUAAUGCAAACGUAUUAUCCAGACGCUUACAAUCGCUUUGCGUCAUUAGAUGACAUCUAUUAUUAUGGUGGUCAGAAUCCACAUCCUCAUCAAGCUAUUUUAGAUCAUAAACCCAGGAGGAACGGUGAAAUCGAAUUACGAGUUGGAGAUAAAAUCGAAGUUUUUGGAAAUCAUUGGGAUGGUUAUUCCAAAGGAUAUAAUACCAGAACUAGUAUGACAGGUUUAUUUCCUAGUUUUAAAGUUAAAAACCCAGUGGACGCUGUAGAUUUCCCGAAAUAUCCGUAUGUCCCUGUGCAAGAGGGUAAGAGCGAGUAGGUGCAAAAUCGUAGAUAUCUUGAAAAUAUUCAGAUUGUUUGAGAAAAAUACAACUUGCCUUCAUAUUUAAAUUGUUGAGAACAGGGAAAAUACCAUGACACAUGCAUAUUUUACUCUUAAUAAGUAAUUAGUUAAAAUGUAAGAAAAUGGAACUAUCACGAGUUGUGAGAGAAGAAAACAGUUCUACUAUUGCCUAUGUAAAUGUAUAUGUUGAAUUUUAAGAAGACCGUGUACAAAUAUUCUUGACAAAAUACUGUAGAAAAUUUUAAAUAAGCUUACUGUCUUCUCAAGAAUUGAACUAUAAUAAUAAUUAUAAUAAUAAAAUAUUAUAAUAAUAAUUUUUUGAUAAUACUAGAGCUUAUAUAAAACGCAUAACAGGUAUUGCAUAAAUUACAUAUAAUAAGCAUGAAAUGCAUAGACAUCGAGCUGGGCUUGAGGCCUAUCUUAUAACCGUUAAGAACGUUUCCUGUAUACAUAUUGUAAUAUAUUUUAUACUAUACAUCACACACAAAAGAGAAUUGUUACUACAGUAUAAAAAUUUGAGUUUGGUUUUUAAUAAAUAUUUAAUGCAAAGACAA